AUGGCCACUACUGGGAACCUUUCUGAAGAGCAGGUGCACUGCUCCAUCUGUCUCGACGUCUUCACCAACCCGGUCUCCAUCCCCUGUGGACACAACUUCUGCCAGAGCUGCAUCCUGGGUUACUGGAAGACCAGCCCUUUGUAUCAGUGCCCUAUGUGCAAGAAGUCCUUUUACAAAAGGCCUGAUAUUAGCGUUAACACCGUUUUGAGGGAAAUUGCCGAGCAAUUCAAGGAGAUCAGGGUAAGAAGCGUGGAACAGCAGGAGGCAGAGGUCCUGUGCGAUGUGUGCCUGGGGGAAGGCAGGCCGAAAGCGGUCAAGUCCUGCCUGGUGUGUCUGACCUCCUACUGCGAGGAGCAUCUCAAGUCCCACUCCGCCCGGUUCACCAAGCACAAGCUGAUGGAGCCUGUCGCAAACAUGGAGGACAGGAUGUGCCCCAAACACGAAAGGCUCCUGGAGCUGUUCUGCAAGAAAGAUCAAACCUGCGUGUGUGUGCUGUGCACCGAGACAGACCACCGGGCGCACUACACCGUCCCCGUGGAGAGGGAAUGGACAGAGAAAAAGGCGCAGCUCAAGAGGACAGAAAUAGACGUCCAGCAGAUGAUCCAGGACAGACUGAAGAAGGUGGAGCAGAUCAAACACUCUGUGGAGCUCAAUAAAGUUAGCGCCCAGAAAGAGAUUGAGGAGAGCAUGCAGGUCUUCUCGGACCUGGUGCGCUCCAUCCAGAGGAGCCAGGCAGAGCUGGUCCUGGCCAUCGAGGAGAAGCAGAGGCAGACGGAGACGUGGGCCGAGAGCCUCAUCGCCGAACUGGAGCAAGAAAUCACUGAGCUGAAGAGGCGGCAUACAGACCUGGAAAAUGUGGCGCGCACCGACCACAUCCACUUCCUAAAGAGUUUUCCAGCCCUGAGUAUUCCUCCAUCUGUCAAAGACUGGUCCGGGUCCAACGUUCCCACUGACAUGUGUGUUGGCAUCAUCAGGAGAGCUGUGUCCAAACUGGAAGCAACAUUAAGUGAAAUGAUAGAUAAACUGGCUGACAGCGAGAUCAAAAAGAUUCUGAAAUACACAGUGGACGUGACUCUGGAUCCCGACACAGCAAACCCGUGGCUGCAGCUUUCCCAGGACAGACACCAGGUGAGGCACCUCGGGGCGUGGCAGGACCUCCCAGACCACCCUGACCGCUUUGACACGGUGGUUAUCGUCCUUGGCCACGAGAGCUUCUCCUCCGGGAGGCGUUAUUGGGAGGUCCAGGUGGGAGACAAGGACGACUGGUACAUCGGCGUGGCGAAAUCCUCCGUCAACAGAAAGGGGAGGAUCUCUGUGAGCACCACGCAGGGAUACUGGGCUCUGGCCAUGAAGAAAGGCCAGGAGUACCGGGUGUCAACGUCCCCACCGAUACUACUCACCCUUGACCCCAAACCCAAACGGGUGGGCGUCUACGUGGACUACGAGGAGGGGCAAGUGUCAUUUUAUGACGUGAGGGCCCGGACCCACAUUUACACAUUCAAGGAUAGAUUCACGGAGAAGAUCUUGCCUUUCUUUUACUUAUACUGCUGUGACAAAGCCUCUGAUACCAUGGUGAUCUGUCCUGCCAAUGGGAAGACCCCCAUCAAACAAAGUUAA